GAUUUAUUUCAAAAUAAUGCAGGUGGGGCUGGGAUAUAAAGUUACAAAACACCCGUUUUGGUUGGUAGAGAAAAAAAUGGAUCGGAGCUAGAUGUAGUGUACACAUCCAUAAUCCCAGCACUCUGAAAGGCUGAGGCAGGAUCUUCAAUCUGAAUCCAGCCUUGGAAACUUAUGCAGCUGGUUGAGAGCCUGUCCAAAACGAAGUUACAAAGCGCCAAGGAAAUAGCUCAGUGCGAAGGCUCUGGGUUCUGCCCCCAGUGUGUAAGGGGAUGUGGAUAAAGAGCAGAGCACUGGGCACCAUGUGGUCCCAGGUCCCUGCCGGGCCUCAGCCACUAGCCUCAGCCCCACCCAACGCUGCUCCUCCCUCUUGGGCUGGCAGUCCCCUCCCCGAGCCUCAGCCUUCCCACCCCCGGCACCUGCGGCACCACAGCAGGGACCUGGGUGGUGCAGCCUUGAAAGCAGGGUUCAGGGGACCAUGGCCGCCACCCACCCCAAGGCCCCCGCAGCUCGGCGCCUGGCUCAGGGUUGCUGGUCUGCGUUCUGGGAUUAUGAGACGCCCAAGGUGAUCGUGGUGCGCAACCGGCGCCUGGGGGUCGUGUACCGUGCGGUGCAGCUGCUCAUCCUGCUCUACUUUGUGUGGUGCGCAGGGUGUGGGUGGGCUGGGGCCAGGGGAGCCUGGGCGGAGGGAUGGGGAGGGGGAGCUGAGCCGAGGAGCGGGAGCCGGGCUGGGGAAAGCAGCACAGGACUGGAGGAGCCCGGCAGAGGGAGGAACGCAUUGCACAGGAGGCAAGGGUCCUGCUUGUGUCCGGAGCCACCCCCACCCUGCAGGUAUGUGUUCAUCGUGCAGAAGAGCUACCAGGACAGCGAGACAGGCCCCGAGAGUUCCGUCAUCACCAAGGUGAAGGGGAUCACAGAGUCUGAGCACAAAGUGUGGGACGUGGAGGAGUAUGUGAAGCCCCCUGAGGGGGGCAGUGUGUUCAGCAUCAUCACCAGGAUUGAGGUUACUCCUUUCCAGACCCUGGGUGCCUGCCCGGAGAGCAUAAGGGUGCCCAACGCCACCUGCCACUCAGAUGCCGACUGCACAGCUGGGGAGUUGGACAUGCUGGGCAAUGGGCUGCGGACGGGGCGCUGCGUGCCCUACUACCAUGGGGCAGCCAAGACCUGCGAGAUGUCUGGGUGGUGUCCAGUGGAGGACGGGGCAGCAGUCAGCCAUUUCCUGGGUAGGAUGGCCCCGAACUUCACUGUCCUCAUCAAGAACAGCAUCCACUACCCCAAGUUCCAGUUCUCCAAGGGCAACAUCGCACACCGGGAGGGUGACUACCUGCGGCGCUGCACCUUCGAGCAGGGCUCUGACCCCUACUGCCCCAUCUUUCGGCUGGGCUUCAUCGUAGAACAGGCAGGGGAGAACUUCACGGAGCUGGCACACAGGGGCGGUGUCAUUGGGGUCAUCAUCAACUGGGACUGCGACCUGGACCUGCCUGCAUCCCAGUGCAACCCUAAGUACUCCUUCCGGAGGCUUGACCCUAAGCAUAUCCCCGCCUCCUCAGGCUACAACUUCAGGUUUGCCAAGUACUACCGGGUGAACAGCACCACCACCCGCACACUCAUCAAGGCCUAUGGGAUCCGCAUCGAUGUCAUUGUGCACGGUCAGGCAGGAAAGUUCAGCCUGAUUCCCACCAUCAUCAACCUGGCCACUGCUCUGACCUCCAUCGGGGUGGUAAGGAACCCAUUUGGGGACUGGGCAGGGCUGGGCGGUGCAGGCCCCUUACCCACUGGUCUCCAUUUGCCUCAGGGCUCCUUCCUUUGUGACUGGAUCUUGCUAACAUUCAUGAACAAAAACAAGGUCUACAGCCAUAAGAAAUUUGACAAGGUGUGUGAGCCACGGAGGCCCUCCAGCAGCUGGCCGGUGACACUUGCCCUUAUUUUGGGCCAGGCCCCUCCACCUACUAGUCACUGCUCCCAGGACCUGACACCUGGCCCCAUCCCUGGCCAGCAGGGCCCACAAGGAGCAGCGCCAGGCAAAGCUGUCGGGCCCCCACAACCCCACUCCACCCGUGCCCUAUCUGAGCAGAUGGUGAAUACCCCUGACCAACAUGUAGGACAAGGGCUCCCCACUUCUGAGCUGCCCCAGCAGGACUCCACACCAGCAGACCCCAAAGGUUUGGCCCAGCUCUAAGCUUCCAGUCCUCACUGUGCUGCAGACCUGGGCUCCAAAGUCCCGGCCCAGCUGCUCUGGCAUAUCCCAUAGCCACAUCCUGACCCCUCUGGGACCCUGAGCAGAGGGACACCCUCUCCCAGCCGGGUCUGCAAGGCCAAGUGGGUUCCUGACAACUCUGAGCCCUCCCUACCCGCUACCACCAACAUACCUGGGAAACCCACAUUACAGCUGAGUUCUGGGAGCUCCGUCCAUGCUCUUGCCCCUGCAACCCUUCAACUCUGUCCAAACCCUUCCUUUGGAAGCCACGGCAUGCUGAGCCCAAUAAAACUGAGCUGGAGCCCCUGGCCUUCUUCUUGGGGGAAAGCAGCAGCCCAGGUAACCCAUAUAGGACAGCAGUCCCCACUGGGUGCUGCUGACUAGUGUCCCCAGGCUGGGUGACCUCCCUUACCAGCCAGGGGCAGAGUGCUGGGCACGUGCUGUUACGUAUGCACGUGCGGGUGCGUGCAGUACUGUGCAUUGGCAAGGCACUGCGCUUAGUACAGGGGCAGACAGUGCCCUAUCUAUUUGCACUGGGUCUCAGGGUGCCACCUGGUCCCAAGACCCAGGGGCUGGGAGAAGACUCAGUCUGUCUGUCCCAAACCAAGUCUGGAAGGUCCCUGGUGUAAGUUCCAAGUCCCAGUGAUGCCUGCGGGUGAUUUAAAGUGACACUGGCUCCCAAUGCGCAUGAAGAGCCUCCCUUCCUUGGUCAGGUCCCACACAGCCCAGUGAACACCUGUGACAUUCUCGACUUGGUUUGCAACAUGUCUGGAGAAUGAGCCUUUCCACUUGGGGUGCACUUGGGGUGCCAAUACUUUCCACUUGGGCUGCAGCUCAGGAGUUUGGCUGUGGCUUAGGUUUCUCUUGAGCCCCACAGCAGCUCUGUCCUGCUGAAGGGCGAGUCUGCUGAGGGAUAUAAAUGUCGCUAAGCCCAGUCACACCCCUCACCCAUCUCCAGGUCUGCUUCCAGGAAACCUAGUUACUCCCGCCCUCCUUCCUCUGGCUGCUGGCCUUAAUUUGAUUAGAGCUCCACUCUGGAGGCCUCAGUGCAUCUCAGGCCUGGCCCACAUUCCAAGCCAGCAGGUCCGCGCAGU